UGUUUAGGUUUUCCAGGAGGUUACUGUAUGCCAUUUUUCAAAAUUUUAAAUUUUUUGUUUAAUCUUCGUACCGCUUCAUACCUCAUACCUUCUAUCUUGACUGCUUUCGUUUUUGUAGUUUUUCUUACUUUUAUCGCUAAAUACACUUCCUUUAUCUGUGGCCGAUCUCCUCAGUGUCGUUAUUCUCAAGUUUAUCACUGUGCUUCUUUAGCUUGUCGUUGCUGGUAUGGCUUCGUCAUAUGGAUUUAGUGGUAGUAUGCGUCCACUUCACGGCGGAGGACUUUCAGAUCACCAGAAGAAUGUGCAGCAGGAUUGGGCUAAUCGGGAGCUGAUAGAGAUCGUUACCACAUCCGUCAAAAAGAUGACAGACUUCCUUAAUCAUUUUGAUGUGACUUGCCGUGAAAAACUUUCGUUAAUGAAUGAACGCCUUACGAACCUCGAGAGGAGAGUGGAUCUCCUGGAAGCCAUGGUCACGAAGGGUGAAACUUUGUCGUAAUAUGCGUUGUCUUCCCGCUUUACCAGUUCUUCCUGUGGUCCACUCUACCACCCGGCCCUGCUUUUCCCCUGUCACCAAAUUGUGACCAUUAGGGCUUUGCCGUGUCAUUAUUUGUGUAGAAAAUCUGGUCUCCGAUGAAUAUUAACCUGGUAUCAUUCCUUGUUUAGUAAUCCUUUUUUACGUUACUUAUUGCCUUCGGUUCAGGUUACAGUACUUUAUCACAAUACGGUCAGUACUUACUGGUUAAAACUUUUACGGUUACUACUGACUUUUUUUAUUUUUCCGUGUUUUCAUUACGAUGAUCAGCGCACAGCUGUUAUUUAGAAUGUUUUGUGCUUUUAUGUUUGUAACAGUAGUCUGCCAGUAGAUACGGCCCUUUGAAGUAACUUCAAAGGG